AGCGCAAUGCAGAUCCAACUGACCGGCAUGCUUACUAUGUUCGUUCUCGCGGCACAGAUUGCCGCCAAGGGGCCCAUUCUCGUGGCAUGGUACGAGGCAGCGGACUGCCGUGGAUCGUCGUUCGAAACCACUAUCACCAAGGCACAGCCUGAGCCGGGCACGUGCUUCGCGGCCAGCGACGGCCGCACGGCCCGCAGUGUCUUGUGGAGCAAUAUCGGCGGCCCGGGCUUCCAGCUCUUCUUAUCUGGCGGCCCGCACGACAUGUGCACCAACGGCGCAAAUUUCACAGCACCCAAAUCCGCGGGGUGCGAGACCGCGCCGCCUGGAUUCAAUUGGCAGAGCGCUCAGUACCCCUUCUAG